AAGAGUAGAAGAUACAUGAGAGUGAUGACAUUCUCCAUCUUCAAACUUGUUCUGUCAUCAUUCCUUCUCUGCACUUUCUUGCAGGAACCCACCAAUGCCCUUAGAAAGACCUACAUUGUGUACUUGGGAGGACACUCUCAUGGUCCAGACCCUUCUCCCACUGAUCUUGAAACAGCAACAAAUUCCCAUCAUGAUUUACUCGCUUCUGUCUUAGGAAGUGAUGAGAAUGCAAAGGAAGCAAUCAUGUAUUCUUACAACAAGCAUAUUAAUGGGUUCGCAGCCCUGCUUGAAGAGGAAGAAGCAGCAGAAAUAUGUUCGGAAUAUGUUCGGAAUUUGAAGUUUUGAACUUUGUUGCAUUGAGUUUUGUUUGUAAAAGGCAUAAUCACCUAAAGUGCCUUAGAAAUUUAAGGGUUGAGACCCGUCUCGAAUUAAUAUUCAAUAAUUUCAGGGUUCAGACUCAUCUCUCUAUCUAGGCUUUUUUGUAAAAAGGGGUCACUUUGACCAAGAAUUUGUAAAAAUGGGUC